AUGAAAAAUAAAGGGAGUUUUAUAAUAAAUAAGAAAUCUUCAAUUAAGAGUAGUAAAUUGUUUUUGUUUGAGAAUCUUUUAUUUGAGGAUGUCCCUCUGGCUGCGAAAUAGGCUUACUUGGAAUGUCUAGAAAAACAAAUUAAUGAUUUAGAUGUUAUGAGAAAAUAAUUAAAUGAGAAUAUAUAGAAAUAGGAAAUGAUUAAAAAGCAAUAGUUACAAUUCAGAAAAGAAAUUGAAAACAUUUAGAAUGAUUAAUAAUUGGAUCACAACAUCAUAAAUUAAUCUAUGCUAUUGAGUCAAUUCAUCAGUGAAUAAUAAAAGAUAGAUACUGGUUUAAUUGAAUAAAGCUAUUUAAAAGAUUUAGAAUACUUGCAAAAUUAACAACUCAAAACAUCAAAUCAAUUCGUCCCUUUUGAAAAUGAAUUUUUAUGA